GCUCGGAGAUCUUCAGGAAAGAAAAUGAAGAAGAAGGGGAGAAGGAGAUGUUGGAGAAGUCGCUCAGCUGUAUGCAGCUCUAUGGAAUUCAGGUUGCUCCCAUCAACAGCGUGGUUAAAAAAGACAGUCAUCAGUUUGUGGCCAGRAGCUAUUGGGACGUUCUGAGGCGCGGCGCCAGUCAAGCCCUGUUCUCAGACCUGGCAGAGCGUGCGGAGGAGGGUAUGAUGAUUGACACCACACUSCUGGUGCACUUCUUUGGGAAGAAGGGGAAGGCGGAGCUGACCUUCGACGAUUUCUACAGGUAUCGCCAUGCCGAUUAAUUGAUUAAUCCUAAUAGAGCCCUAUAAAAUGACGGUCUGUGGAACAUAGUUAAUCUACYCYGUCGCUUGUUUCAGUUUCACUGCUYUCUCAUACUCAGAUAUAGUAUUCAGUUACUCUSACACACAUACUGCACUACCAUAGACACAUACUGCACUACCAUAGACACAUACUGCACUACCAUAGACACAUACUGCACUACCAUAGACACA